GGCAGCACCGCGCCUCCGAAGCGCUGAUUCUACCGUAAAUAGCAACAGAAGAAGAGAGCUAGCUACUGUAAACAAAGCUGAGCCGUUAGUCUGUCAAACAACUCAAAACCUGCCUAAUGUGGACAGCAGAUAUGGUUAGAAGUAAAUCCACACAACAGUAAACGCUCCGCCGGGCCGAAGGCAGCCGUUCAGUCCGGGCCCCGGAGCUGCCAUGACCCGGCCUGAAGUCUGACUGGAAGAUAAUGGCUGCAGAGCUGUUUCCCACCACGAAGCUGGUCCCCUCCGCCUCAGCGAGCAGCAGCAGCACCACCUCCUCCUCCACCUCCUCCUCCUCCAUCCAGCAGUACCAGCAGCAGAACCUCACCAACAACAACAACACCUCCAGAGCCGCACAGCGCUGCUGCAACUGGCAGGGCCUGUUCCCCACCAUCCGGGAGAGGAAUUCAGUCAUGUUCAACAAUGAGAUGAUGGCAGAUGUUCACUUUGUGGUCGGGCCGCCCGGCGGGACGCAGCGGGUACCAGGGCACAAGUACGUCCUGGCCGUCGGCAGCUCCGUGUUCCACGCCAUGUUUUAUGGAGAGCUGGCGGAGGACCAGGAGGAGAUCCGGAUCCCCGACGUGGAGCCGCCCUCCUUCCUGGCCAUGCUGAAGUACAUCUACUGCGACGAGAUCGACCUGUGUGCCGACACCGUGCUCGCCACCCUCUACGCCGCCAAAAAGUACAUCGUGCCUCACCUGGCCCGGGCCUGCGUCAACUUCCUGGAGACCAGCCUGAGCGCCAAGAACGCCUGCGUGCUGCUGUCCCAGAGCUGCCUGUUCGAGGAGCCCGACCUGACGCAGCGCUGCUGGGAGGUGAUCGACGCCCAGGCCGAGCUCGCCCUGCGCUCCGAGGGCUUCUGCGACAUCGACACGCAGACGCUGGAGAGCAUCCUGCGCCGCGAGACGCUCAACGCCAAAGAGAUGGUGGUGUUCGAGGCGGCGCUGAACUGGGCCGAGGCCGAGUGCCAGCGGCAGGACCUGGCGCCGACGAUCGAGAAUAGGCGCCUGGUGCUGGGGAAGUCCAUCUACCUGAUCCGCGUGCCCACCAUGGUCCUGGAGGACUUCGCCAACGGGGCGGCGCAGUCCGGCGUGCUCACGCUCAACGAGACCAACGACAUCUUCCUGUGGUACACCGCCGCCAACAAGCCCGACCUGCUGUUCUGCACCAAGCCGCGCAAGGGCCUGGCGCCGCAGCGCUGCCACCGCUUCCAGUCCUGCGCCUACCGCAGCAACCAGUGGCGGUACCGGGGCCGCUGCGACAGCAUCCAGUUCGCCGUGGACAAGCGCGUCUUCAUCGCCGGCUUCGGCCUCUACGGCUCCAGCUGCGGCUCGGCCGAGUACAGCGCCAAGAUCGAGCUGAAGCGCCAGGGCGUGUCCAUGGCCCAGAAGGUCAUCAAGUACUUCUCGGACGGCUCCAGCAGCACUUUCCCCGUGUCCUUCGACUACCCGGUGCAGAUCGAGCCCGACACCUUCUACACCGCCAGCGUGGUGCUGGACGGCAACGAGCUGAGCUACUUCGGCCAGGAGGGCAUGACGGAGGUGCAGUGCGGGAAAGUGACCUUCCAGUUCCAGUGCUCCUCGGACAGCACCAACGGCACCGGGGUGCAGGGGGGCCAGAUCCCCGAGCUCGUCUUCUACGCCUGAGCGCGGGGGGGGAGGACGCGGCGUUUUACUUUGGCGGUGCGGAGACGGGUUCUCGGGUGGCUGUUUGGUUUAGUGGAACAUGGAGGCACUACUGAAGUGGGUCUGAAACCUCACAUUCCUUCUGUUGUUGUUUUGUCUUUGUUUACAUCGGCUGUCGGGGUCACAGCUGUUUUCCCUCGUCGCAGGAAAACAAACAUGGCAGCCAUUUUCGAGGGGGGUAUAAAACGCAGUGAAAGUACUUAAUCAAGGCGUCCCUUUAGCGUCGUAAUACACACACAAAGACAAAUUCACCUGCCAAUCUCAGCGGCUUUGUGCGCAUCGACCAUCUGCUCACGUAUCCCUCCAUUGUCUUCUGGACUAUUUUCACAAUCAUUAUAUUUAAAAUAUUAUUUAGAUCCCAGAGUCUAAAACUCUGGAACAAAUACAAGCUGAAGAGGCCUCUUACUUACUUUUCACGUUUUUACUUCAACUAAACACACUUAAAUGCAUUUCUAAAUGUUUUUUUUUUUUAAUGCGCAACUAAAAAUGA